CCGAGGCUCGUCGCCGACAAGGGCAACGGUCAGUCCAAGCUUCUCGGCCCGGCUUCCCAGCCGCCGCCGCCUCCGCCGCCGCCGCCGCCACCGCCGCCGCCGCCGCCGUCACCUCCACAGCGUUGCCCGCGCAGGAUCAGUGUACCUCCGGGACAUGGAGACCGUCGUCCGCCGCUGCCCGUUCUUAUCCCGGGUACCCCAGGCCUUUCUGCAGAAGGCGGGCAAAUCUCUCUUGUUCUAUGCCCAAAACUGCCCCAAAAUGAUGGAGUUUGGGGCCAAGCCAGCCCCUCGGGCCCUGACCACUUCAGCUGUUCACUGCCAGCAGGUCAAAGAAACCCCACCGGCCAACGAGAAAGACAAAACUGCCAAACCCGAGGUGGCUCAGAAGGCCGCUGAAGGAUCCCCGCAGACUUCAGAGGGUUCACAGCUUCCAUCUGGACACCCGCCUCUUGCUGCGAGCCAGGGCACCGCGAGCAAAUGUCCUUUCCUGGCCGCCCAGAUGAACCAGAAAGGUAGCAGCGUCUUCCGCAAAGCCAGUCUCGAGCUUCAAGAGGAUGUGCAGGAGAUGCACACCGUGAGGAAAGAGGUUGCUCAGACCUCAGAGAAUCCUGGUGCGAUUAGCGUGAAGGCCGAUGGUGGGGAGCAGAGUGGGUUGCUGAAGAACUUUCAGGAUAUCAUGCGGAAGCAAAAGCCAGAAAGAGUGUCCCAUCUUCUGCAGGAUAACUUGCCAAAAUCUGUUUCUACUUUUCAAUAUGAUCGUUUCUUUGAGAAGAAAAUUGAUGAGAAAAAAACUGACCAUACCUAUCGAGUUUUUAAAACUGUGAACCGGAGAGCGCACAUCUUCCCCAUGGCAGAUGACUACUCUGACUCACUCAUCACCAAAAAACAGGUGUCUGUUUGGUGCAGCAACGACUACCUAGGAAUGAGUCGCCACCCACGGGUGUGUGGGGCAGUCAUGGAGACUUUGAAGCAACAUGGUGCUGGAGCGGGUGGUACUAGAAACAUUUCUGGAACAAGCAAAUUUCAUGUGGACUUGGAACAGGAACUGGCUGACCUCCAUGGGAAGGACGCGGCACUCUUGUUUUCUUCCUGCUUUGUGGCCAACGACUCCACCCUCUACACUCUGGCUAAAAUGAUGCCAAGCUGUGAGAUUUACUCUGAUUCUGGAAACCACGCCUCCAUGAUCCAAGGGAUUCGGAAUAGCGGAGUGCCCAAGUACAUCUUUCGCCACAAUGAUGUCAGCCACCUCCGAGAGCUCCUGCAACGAUCUGAUCCCUCGGUACCCAAAAUUGUUGCAUUCGAGACUGUCCACUCCAUGGAUGGGGCUGUGUGCCCGCUGGAAGAGCUGUGUGAUGUGGCGCAUGAGUUUGGAGCCAUCACCUUUGUGGAUGAGGUCCAUGCCGUGGGGCUGUACGGGGCCCGAGGUGGAGGGAUUGGCGACCGGGACGGAAUCAUGCCCAAAAUGGACAUCAUUUCAGGAACACUCGGCAAGGCCUUUGGUUGUGUCGGAGGCUACAUCGCCAGCACGAGCGCCCUGGUGGACACCGUCCGGUCCUACGCAGCGGGCUUCAUCUUCACCACGUCCCUGCCGCCCAUGCUGCUGGCCGGAGCCCUGGAGUCCGUGCGCAUCCUGAAGAGCGCCGAGGGCCAGGCCCUUCGCCGCCAGCACCAGCGCAACGUCAAGCUCCUGAGGCAGAUGCUGAUGGACGCUGGCCUCCCGGUCAUCCACUGCCCCAGCCACAUCAUCCCUGUGCGGGUUGCAGAUGCUGCUAAGAACACUGAAAUCUGUGAUGAGCUGAUGAGCAGACAUAACAUCUACGUGCAGGCUAUCAACUACCCCACGGUGCCCCGGGGGGAGGAGCUCCUUCGGAUCGCCCCCACCCCUCACCACACUCCGCAGAUGAUGAACUACUUCCUGGACAAUCUGCUGGCCACCUGGCAGCGAGUGGGGCUGGAACUCAAGCCACAUUCCUCAGCCGAGUGCAACUUCUGCCGGAGGCCACUGCAUUUCGAAGUGAUGAGCGAGAGAGAGAAGUCCUUCUUCUCAGGCAUGAGCAAGCUGGUGUCUGCCCAGGCCUGAGCGUGCCGAGACCACACUCCCUCCAGCGGCCCCCGCCACAGCCACAGCCUCCAGAUUGUCUGUAUAUGUGAUUUAAAUUAUAUUAAAUUUAGUCUAUAAGUAAAAAUAUAAUCCUGAAAAUAAAUUCUUGUUUACGUGA